CUUCCGCUUUCAGACACAGGAAUUCGUAGGCAGCAUGACGUCACUUAUCCUGCCAGAGGCGAGUGUGUAGCUUUUCCCCCCACUUCUGUCCAGGAGGAAUAUUUAGCAGCUCACUUCUCAGGACCAGUCGUUUGGUUUCUGGGUUGUUGUUCGCGGACCUCAAUCCCACACGGACGCAGAGUUCCCGUAGUAUGAGACGUCGUGAACGGUUAUUGCCGACGCUCGCCUGUUAAAUGGAAGACACAGAAGGAACGGACGAGUGUUACUGCGCGGGAUGCGGAGCGAUAGUCCAGGAGCAGUUCCACAUGAAGGUCCUGCAGGACACCUGGCACAGCGCCUGCUUCCAGUGCUCCGUGUGCUGUGACCACCUGACUAACUGGUAUUAUGAGAAGGAUGGCAAGCUGUACUGCCGCAAACACUACUGGGAGAAGUUUGGAGAGCUGUGUCACGGUUGUUCUCUGCUAAUGACCGGACCUGCGAUGGUGGCUGGUGAACACAAGUAUCACCCGGAGUGCUUUGUGUGUCUCAGUUGCAAGGUGGUGAUUGAGGACAGAGAUACUUACGCCUUAGUGGAGCGCUCCAAACUUUACUGUGGGAAGUGCUACAAGCAGGUGAUCCUCACGCCCAUGUUGGAAAAGCGCUCCCAUGACUCCGUCCUGGACUCCCUACCCCACACAGUGACACUCAUCUCCAUGCCCUCCGCGGCCAACGGCAAGAGGGGCUUCUCGGUGUCUGUGCUGAGGGACGCCAACGGCUCAGCGAGUGUCCAAGUCAAAGAGGUCAGAGGGAUGCUCAUUAGUCCAGAGGUGCGCAAUGCCAUCCACGUUGGAGACAGGAUCCUGGAGAUUAAUGGCCUUCCUGUGGGGAGGCUGCUGGAGGAAGAGGUGGACGACCUGAUCCAUCGCACCAGUCAGACACUACAGCUGCUUAUAGAAUAUGACCCAGUCAGGCAGCGUUUGGACCGCCUCAGGCUGGGUUCGCCCAGGAACCCCCUGGGAGCGCCAGCAACCUCCCGCAUGCGCUUGUCCUCGCCGUCGAACGCAGUCCUGGAGAGGUCUGAGGUGGAUGACGGCAUGCUGAAGAGGAGGUCUUUGAGGCGCAGCAACAGCAUAUGCAAGUCUCCUGGGCCCAAUUCCCCCAAAGAGCACCUUUUUAUGACCCGAGACAUUGGGCGCUCGGAAUCUUUGAGGUCCUCCAGUAGCUGCUCUCAUCGCAUCUUCCGGCCGUGUGACCUCAUCCACGGCGAGGUUCUGGGGAAGGGCUUCUUCGGACAAGCCAUCAAGGUGACUCAUAAAGCCACGGGAGAGGUGAUGGUGAUGAAGGAGCUGAUUCGCUGCGACGAGGAGACCCAGAAAACUUUCCUCAAGGAGGUCAAAGUGAUGCGGUGCCUUGACCACCCUCACGUGCUCAAGUUCAUCGGUGUUCUCUACAAGGAUAAGAGGCUGAAUUUGAUCACAGAGUUCAUCGAAGGAGGAACCCUUAAGGACUUCAUCAGAGACACGGAUCCAUUUCCAUGGGACCAAAGGGUGAGCUUUGCAAAGAGCAUUGCGUCUGGCAUGACAUACCUUCAUUCCAUGAGCAUCAUACACAGAGACCUCAACUCUCACAAUUGCUUGGUUAAACUGGACAACACUGUGGUCGUUGCUGACUUUGGACUGUCCCGACUUAUUGUCGAAGAGAAAGUGAAACCGGCCCCCGAGAAGAGCGCCACUAAGAAAAGGGUGUUCCGACGUAUUGACCGCAAGAAAAGGUACACCGUGGUUGGAAACCCCUACUGGAUGGCGCCGGAGAUGCUCAACGGGAAACGUUAUGACGAGAAGGUGGACAUUUUCUCUUAUGGAAUUGUUCUUUGUGAGAUCAUCGGAAAAGUCUACGCAGACCCCGAAUGUCUCCCCAGGACUCUGGACUUUGGUUUGAAUGUGGGCAAGUUUGUGGAGAAGUUCCUACCUGAAGAUUGUCCUGCAGCGUUCUUUCCGCUGGCUGUGGCGUGCUGCGACCUCACACCAGACAACCGUCCGCCCUUCCAGAAGCUGGAGGACUGUUUCAAGGCUCUGUCCCUCAACCAGGAGCUGGGCAUCCCUCUGCCCAUAGAACUGGACCAACUUCACCAGAGUCUGAGUCGCCUCCACUGGCCCAAAGACAGUUCUUGCCCGCUGCAAAGCACAGACCAGAAUGAGCCACAAACCCCCAACGCGUCCUCUCUGGACAGUCCCAGCAUGUCCGACAGCGCCACUUAGGACUCUUAACCUUCUGGUCUGAAAGGAACCCUGUGAACGUACCAGGAACCAGGAAACACCUGAUUUGUGCGCAUUUCAGUUUUUACUUUUAGAUUGUACUUAUGUUUACCGUGCAGAAAGGAAAUAAGCAGCUCACUGCGUUCUGUGUUCCCACAAGUCUUCACAGCAUCUUUUUACACUAGUUAGUUUGCCAGUCAGGUGUUUUUUUCUGCGGCCACCAUGUUUGUUUCUUAAAGGCCUACUGAAAUGAGAUUUUCUUAUUUAAACGGGGAUAGCAGGUCCAUUCUAUGUGUCAUACUUGAUCAUUUCGCGAUAUUGCCAUAUUUUUGUUGAAAGGAUUUAGUAGAGAACGUCGACGAGAAAGUUCGCAACUUUUGGUCGCUAAUAAAAAAGCCUUGCAGACGAUGUGCGCGUGACGUCACGGGUUGUAGGGCUCCUCACAUCUGAACAUUAUUUACAAUCAUGGCCACCAGCUGCUAGAGCGAUUCGGACCAAGAAACCAACAAUUUCCCCAUUAAUUUGAGCGGGGAUGAAAGAAUCGUGGAUGACGAUAGUGAGAGUGAAGGACUAGAAGAAAAAGAAAAAAGGUGACGGCAGUGGGAGCGAUUCAGAUGUUAUUAGACACAUUUACUAGGAUAAUUCUGGAAAAUCCUUUAUAUGCUUAUUGUGUUACUAGUGUUUUAGUGAGAUUAUGUAGUAAUACCUCACAGUCGGAGGGGUGUGGUGACCGCCAGUGUCUCUGAUGGAAGCCAUGGAGGAGCCAAGAAAGUCGCAGUUGCCUCUUUGACAGCUGCAGGAGGAACGACACAAGCUCCGCUCAUGUUUACAGCAAGAGCCGACUUAUUACCACAAUUUUCUCACUGAAACGUGCCAAUUAACAUGUGGUAGAGAAACAUGUUCGCUUGACCGCUCUGUUCCAUAUUAAAGCUUCACAACAAAAAAAGAAACACCGGCUGUUUGUGUUGCUAAAGCCGGCUGCAAUACACCGCUUUCCACCAACAUCUUUCUUAUUUGUAGUCUCCAUUAUUCAUUGAACAAAUUGCAAAAGAUUCAGCAACACAGAGGUCCAGAAUAAUGUGUAAUUAUGCAAUAAAAACAAACUACUUUUAGCCGUGAUCGGUGCUGGGAGAACAUGUCUGCUACCACCGGUGACGUCAUCAUACACGUCAUCAUUCUGCGACGUUUUCAACAGGAUACCUCGCAAGAAAUGUAAAAUUGCAAUUUAGUAAACUAAAAAGGCCGUAUUGGCAUGUAUUGCAAUGUUAAUAUUUCAUCAUUGAUAUAUAAACUAUCAGACUGCGUGGUGGGUAGUAGUGGGUUUCAGUAGGCCUUUAAGAGUCAACACGAGCAGCUUCAUUGCUCCAAAAGCAAGGUUAGUGUUUUCAUUUCACUUCUCAUCCAAGGACCAAGUGUUUCUGCUGGACUUUUUGCACUUUGACUUCUUUUUAGGCCAAGCUGACACCAACUGGUCAAAAUUCCCAUCUCAAAUUUGCUGCUUUUUUUUUUUUAAAGGACUUGUUACGACUCUUAAGACCUGUACAGCAGAACUGGAUAUUAUUUUUGUAUUCAUUCAAAUGUUUAUAUUGUACAUAAGGCUCAGUAAGAGCUCUCUUUUAGAAUCACAUUUCAUAUUUUGUGGUGUUAUUAUUUUGUAGUGAGGUACCGACUGUAACCAUUAAUAUUUCAUCAUCAGUAACUUUCAGAAAUAAACACUACAAAACUG